CUGGGGCCCGGCUGCAGCCCAGACGCCCGGGCGGUGAGGUUGAUGAUCCCCUAGUCAGCAACAUCCUGGGGAGAAGAUGGCUCAGCCUGCACCCCUGAACCAAAACCUUCCAGAUCUCGGGGGCCCAUUCUUGUACCGGGACCAGGACGAUGGGGAGAAGAGCUCCUACUCACUGGAGACUCCCUACGGCUUCCUCCUGGACCUGGAUUUCCUGAAGUACGUCGAUGACAUCCAAAGUGGCCAAACGCUCAGGAAGGUGCCACGCAGGGCCAGAGGUGCCCGGCAGCCGCCCAACGCCCUGCGCAGCCCCAUCAGCCAUGCCAGUGCCUGGACCUCCACUGAAUCCCUCACCUCCAUGGCCAGUGAGGAUGGAAGGGCAGCAGUGCUGCUGUCCCCACACAGCCAGGGGGCCCCGAGCAAGCCAACCUCCCACCCUGUCUCGCCGCCGCUGCCGGUGCGGCUGCUCCCUCCUCCCACCCGCAAGGGCCUCGUGCGAAACCCGCGGGUGGAGAAGACCCUGCUGGAGACAAGCCGGAGGCUGGAGCAGGAGCAAGGCCACUUGCAGGACUUCAGUGGUGCCUCCCGCAGCAGCCCGAGCCAGCAGCUCCCCUGGGCGCUGGUAGGCACGGAGGGGCAGGUCGGCUGGGGCCAGGCGAGCCCUGGCAGCUCAGGGCACAGCACCCCGGCGGUAGGGCUCAGCACUGCACCCCUGCACCAUGUGCGGGAGCAGAUGGCUGCGGCCCUGCGGCAGCUGCGGGACCUGGAGGAGCAGGUGAAAGUCAUCCCCCUGCUGGAGACACAGAUCUGUGAGCUGAAGAGGGAGAAGGCAAAGCUGAUGGAGAAGCUGUCGGCAGAGCCCAGCGAGGCUUUCGGCCAUCCCCCUGGCUCCGAGGCAGUGGCAGGGGGUGAGGAGCCAGCCCGAGCAGGGCUGGAGGGUGAAGUGGAGCCAGUGAAGGGGCGAGCGAGCAAGAUCGCAGAGCUGAGGAAGCUGACGGAGAAGCUGGCAGUGCCAGAGAGGGCUGGCCGGGGUUGGCCCAGCAGGAGCCCCAGGGCCGCCGAGAGACUGUGCCGCUCUGUGGCGGUGGGUGAGGACCGUGCCAUGGCUGAUGUGGUCUUCUACUACCGGUCCCAGCAGGAGGGCAGCGAUGUGGUUGACAGCAGGGAGAGGGAGCGCAAGGAUGCGUCCGUCUGGGUGCUGGAGUCCUCACUGGGGCUGUCCAGCGAGGCAGAGCAGGAGCUGGAGCUGCUGCAGCAGACAGUGGGGCACCAGAAGGAGGUAAUUGCCCUGAUGGAGGGGCACCUGCAGGAGGCCACGCGGGAGUUGGAGGAGCUGCGGCUGGAGGUGUGUGCCCGUAGGCCCUGUGGGCAGGCGGACAAGGAGGUGACAGCCAAGCCACAGGUGGCUGAGGUGCUGGUGGAGGCUGCAGUGGCGAUGCAGAGCCGGGCGGCCGGAGACACCCUGCAGACGGCGGAGGCAGGUGUGGAGUGCUGCCCACAGACUGCCUGCAUCGGGGUGGGCUGCCACCCCCAGGGGCACGACGUGGCCGUCGGACCGGAUUCGGUGCCCAGGGGUGAAGACAAAGGCAGCCAAACAGAUGUGUGCAGCAGCCAGACCGACAUGGGCAGCACCGUCCCAGCAGGCGAGGAGGCAGAGCCCAGUGCAGGCCAUGCCCUGAGUGCCUCCUUGGUGCAGGCUGCAGGAGAAACAGGGGGGAUGUGCCAGAGCAGCCCAGCCCCCAGGCCAGCCAUGCCAGACAUGAUGCCCAGUGGCUGUGACCCGUGCCCAGGGCAGGAUGGCAGAGCUGCUCCGAGCCCUGCAGCUGGAGCCCUGAAGUCCAUCAUGAAGAAGAGGGAUGGCCCUCCCCGGAGUGAGGCCGAGGGCAGCAAGAAGAGCCUGCAGUUCGUGGGCGUGCUGAACGGGGAGUACGAGAGCACAUCCAGCGAGGAGGAGGAGGAGGAGGAGGAGGAGGAGGAGGAGGAGGAGGAGGAGGACAGCUCCUCUGAGAAGGCUUCGGCUGACAGCUCCAACAGCGAGGAGCAGGACACGGAAACCACAGAUGAGGAGGCUGGGGAAGGCAAGCCGGAACCAGGACAGGAGUGUCAGGGGGAUGCAGUGACCCUGCUGGAGCCCCCUGAGGUGAAGGAGAAGUUUGAGCUGAGCCCCAGGAUGCGGGAGGCCUGCCUCAUUGUUAAGACACACCUGGGCCAUGCUGGUGCCACCAAGAGCAAAGAGGUGCUCGCCAGCAGCAGCUUGGUGCUGCAGGAGUGGUUCCGUCUGUCCAGCCAGAAGUCCUCCGUCCCUGACACAGUUGCCAACCACCUGCUGGCCUUCGCCGAGCUCUCUCCUGCUCUCCUGACCCACGUGGUGAACCUGGCAGAUGGCAAUGGCAACACAGCUCUGCACUACAGUGUAUCCCACUCCAACUUCCACAUUGUGCAGCUGCUGCUGGACACAGGGGUCUGUAAUGUGGACCACCAGAACAAAGCUGGCUACACAGCUCUCAUGCUGGCAGCGCUAGCAGCUGUCGAGCAGGAAGACGACAUGAACGUGGUCAGGAGGCUCUUCAGCAUGGGCAACGUCAAUGCCAAGGCCAGCCAGGCUGGGCAGACCGCGCUGAUGCUGGCUGUCAGCCACGGCCGGCAGGAGAUGGUGGCCGCCCUGCUGGCCUGCGGGGCCGACGUCAACCUGCAGGACGAGGAGGGCUCCACGGCUCUGAUGUGCGCCUGCGAGCAUGGCCGCACCCACACCGUGAAGCUGCUGCUCGCCCAGCCUGCCUGCGACGUCUCCAUCACCGACACCGACGGGAAUAACGCCGUGGCCAUCGCGCUGGAGGCUGGGCACAGCGACAUCGCUGUGCUGCUCUACGCCCACCUCAAUGGCACCAAGGCACAGCCUCCACAGGGGAUAUCUCCAACAGCCCUGAAGAGCCCAGGCAGCCCCAAGACAGCAGAUCAGUAACCCUGGGAUCCAGCCAGGUGCCAGUCAGCAUCAUCAGCACUGGCCUGUAACUGAUGUCCCCUCACCUGCCACUCCUGUGCAUGCUGAACUGCUCCCUGCACUGCAGAUGCUCCAACCCCCCUGUCACUAGGAGCAGGCCUCCUCCCAGGGCCUCACUUGCCUGUCUGUGCUGCUGACAGCAGCCCAGGCAUGGCCACCUUGCUCCACCAAGGGACAGAGAAGCCAAGCAUCAAGUGACCUCGGCAUGGGGUGUGCCCCAUCCCCUCUGCUCCCUGCUGUCACCACUGGAGCUAUGCUGGCAGGGCCCUCUGUGAGUCCCUAACGCACUGGAACACAGAAAACAAACCCAACAGCACUAGCUCCUGGUUUCUGCUCUCAGCAGCCCCUGGCAGCUGUGGGGCAGUGGAGCUGGUGGCAGGGGGCAGGGCUGUGGAAGGUCUGCACCAGCUCAGUGUCCCUGGGGAAGCCAUGCCCAGCAGGCAAGAGAGAGGGGACACAGCAAGCUGCUUCCUGGUGCCUUGGACAUGGUCUGGGAGCAAUUCCAGACUGAAAUACUUGCCCUUCUUUUCCGGCAUUUCCUUUCCUGGAUGAAAUCUGCAUUUUUUUCCUAGCACAUGCACACAAAGUGAUAAAAACCCAACCCAACCAUAUAUUACUUAGUCAAAGGAUGGAGUUCAACAUGGAAUCACUUGGUGAUGUCAUCUGCUGAGCCAGGAACACUUCUGGGCACUCAGGGCAGCAGCGAAGCUAACAGGAGGAGGCCACAAGCCACGGACAGAGACUGCCCAGCCAACACCUGACGCAGGGAGCAGAGACCUUGUCCCAGGGGGAAGGACAGAAAUUAGCUGCUCAGUAUAAAUAGAGUCUCAGAGCCACUGACUGUGAAGGCAACCAGAGCCCAAACCCUUCCCAAAAGUGAGGAGAGCAUCUGAGGAUAGCUCCAGGAAAAAAAAAGUGGCAAGAAGUGCUGAGGGAGCCCAGGGCCUGCAGAGAGGGAUGUGUAUGUCGCAGAUGUGUGUGUGCACCAGGCAGGGUGAGAGCAGGCAAGGUAAGGAGCAAGGACCAGGAAGAAAGAGAAAAAAAGCUUCUGCAUGUGAAGUCAGCUCUGUUCUGAAACCUUCACAAAGCCAAUGUGUGGCACAGCCCCUCCCCCUUCUGCUCUGUGGCCCAGCCUCCUCCCCCACCAUCACUUCUGCCCCACCUAGGCCUGGUCUGGGCCAUGCUGCAAGCUCGGAGAUGCUCCCCAGGAAACUUGGUGUGGGCUGCACACUGCUGACCUCGCAGUGGGGCUGCUUCAGCUUUGCACUGAAGUUAAUCUACAAUGCUCACAGCCACUCCCUAGUACACUACUCUAUGUAUUCUGUACUCGCUGCUUUGGUCUCACAGGUUUGUUUACUGAUAUUUUAAUA